CUCCCCCUCCCCCUCCCCCUCCAUUGUCAGGUGCUCUGCAGUAAGGUCAUCAUAGCAACAUGGCGAAUUCGGCUUCAGGAUUGGCAGUAAAUGACGAGUGCAAGCUGAGGUUUUUGGAGCUAAAAACGAAGCGCAAUUACAGAUUUAUCGUGUUCAAGAUCGAUGAGAAGGCGAUGCAGAUAAAGGUGGAUAGGCUCGGCCAGCCUGAGGAGAGCUACAAUGACUUCACCGGAUCUCUUCCUGCGGAUGAAUGUCGCUAUGCUGUUUAUGAUUUCGAUUUUGUCACCGACGAGAACUGUCAGAAAAGCAAGAUCUUCUUCAUUGCCUGCAACGAUUUACUCCCUGAUGUGGACGAUGAUGUCUUCCGGCAAAAAGCCAUUUAUGAGAUGGAUCUCACAUUUUAAAAGCAAAACCAGAACAUUUACAAAGUAAAGCAAUCCAUAAGUGGGUUUUG